UUCAAACCUCAACUAGCAGCAACUUCUUUGGGUUCUCCAGCGGCGUCAAUAUGUGCUGGUGGUGGAGAUCCGCUCCCAAGGAGGGCGAGUUGCAAAAUAUAUCUCUUGCAUCGACUGGUCUUCCUGACUCCCAUGCACCAUCUGAUUCUGCAAAUGCACCUGCAUCACUUUCAUCACCACCAGCAGGACACCCCCGAACAUUAAGCCGCGAAGAGCAAGCCGAUGCCGAAUGGAAGAAACUAAUCGCAAGCCUGGAAGGUGAUAUUAGCCAGAAUGCGCGCAACCAGCAACCGUCUACACCUGAAACAUCGUCUCCUGAUACCACACCGUUCUUGGACUCUCAACCUCCACCAAAGUCGAUCGCCCCCGACUCUCUUUAUCCCGAUACCAUGUCCUGCCGCUCCGCAUUCGACUAUGCCUUUUUCUGUCAGUCUUUUGGUGGCCAGUUUGUCAACGUGUACAGAUACGGAGAGUUACGGUCCUGUAGCGAGCACUGGGAUAACUUUUGGUUGUGCAUGAAGACCCGCACCUGGGGUGAAGAACAGCGCAAGAAUGCAAUUCGGGACCAUUAUCGGAAGAAGGCAAUCAAAUACAAGACUGGGCCCAGCAGUGAGGAUGUUUGGGAUGUGCGCACAGAACCUGUUGGUGAGUGCUUUAAUGGCGACUUCGCCGCUCUCGAAAGGGAGGUGAAGGCUGCCGAGGAGGCGGCAGCAGCAGCAGCAGCAGCAGGCAAAACGGAAUCGCCAUCAUCAUGAGAGCAAAGGUGCUUGCUGAUAAAUGAAACUUGUCUCUAUUCUGUUUCGAUCCAUGUCGAUACUUUCUUUGUUGAUAGGGGCUUCCAUCUCCAUUACAUGCAUGAUAGACUUUGUUGGAACUUCAAUGCUGAUUUCAAGUGCGAUACCUGUCCCUGGGGGAUUUUGUACAAUAGCAUAUUCAAACCAUCUAAAAG